UGGAAACCAGUAAACAAAGUGACAAACAGGAAGAAGCUCUGAUCACUGACUAGCUGUGAGUCACAUUCAGGUGGCAUCGACAGGAAACACCGAGCUGAGCUCAGAGAGCAGCUUUCUUCAUAUAACCACAGCAUGAAGAAGAAAAAGCAGCAGCGCGUCAGACGCACCCAAAAUCAGCAUAAAAAGUUAAAAAAUAUUUCCGUGAACGCAAACAAGCGGGAGUCUGAGAGCUUCCCGGACGAGUUGAUCGGGUGGUUUUCUGAUCAUCAGCAGGAGAUCGAUCAGCUGUUCAUCUGCGGUGACGUAGACAGAAGUGAAUCAGUCAGCCUGAAGGACUUUGAGCUGGGUUUGAUGAGUUUGGGUGUCCCCUGUCAGCAGUUUCAGCUCCACAUGCUGACUCAGCAGCUGAAGACCUUCAAUGACACGAUUAGUUAUGAAGAUUUGAUGAAACAAAUACAGUCUCUGAGUGACAGUGCAGAGCUCCACACUCAGAUACCAGGGCACUUCAUAAAAAGACAAGAACCAGUGGAGACAGAAAAUGUAAAACAUCAGCAGAGACUGCAAAACACUGAAGCCCAGAGGUUCAUCCGUCUGAGUGUCCGACUGAUACCUUUCACCUCGGCCACAGCGCACCCUGGAAACUUUGAGGUUGUUUUAUCGAGCAGCCGCACAGUUUUUGGUCUGAUGAGUGUGAUCGAGGACCGAGCUGGGAUCCAGACCUCGAGCCUGGAGGUUUUCAGUAGCAGAGUGCCAACAGAGGAGGCCCGCCUGCCCCUGGAGAGCACGCUGGAGGAGUGCGGCUUCAAAGGAGGGCCAGAGGAGAGUCCUCCAGAGGCCACCGUGUAUUAUGACUACAGACUGCCAUUUACAGACUGUCCCAUCCUCAACUACGACCACUACAUUAGGUCGAAUCAGGACUCUGCAUCGAAUCGGGGUCUGUGAAUUACAAAGCUGUUUUGAGGUACCUGCACCUACUGCAGACACCAGUUUUGUUAUACACCUGAGUUUCAAUAUAACAACAACAAAGGUGACUUCGAACAGCACCCAAUAUCACACAUAGUUGAGGUCAGAAGUAAACACACCCUAAUCAUACACAUGAAUGUUGUGUUCUUUCUGGGCUUUCAGGGAUCCUCUUUUUCCUGGAUGGAAUAAUUGCUCAACAGACAUCUUUAAUGACUUUAAUGAAACAAAAAUGUGGUGCACAUGUUUAAUAUGGAUUUUCCUAAUCCACACAGGCUCAAAUAUACAGCAUACACUCACUUAAAUCUUUAAAUAAGCGGGUGCUGAGUUUUCUACAAUAUAUUAUCCUGACAAGUCCAAAGGCUAUUAACUUCUCAUUGGAGUCAUGAUUGACUUCAGCUGGUAGUUCCUCUUUGCCAGGAUAAAAAUGAUUUCUUUGACAACAUUCAUUGGAUUGACAAAUACUCAGAACAAUGGGAAAGUCAAGGAGCUCAGAGAAGAUCUAAGGGGAAUUGUAGAUUUACCUAAGAACAAGGUCUGUGAAUGAGUCAUCACUUUACCAAGGUCUGGAAUAAGAAAAGUUGUUAGGAUGUUCAGGAAUAACCAAGGAACCAGGACUCAAGACACUGCUGUAAAACCAGCUUUACAUAGUGAAAGCAAGUUUUACAUCACCACGGACUGAGAGUGUGCUCACCAAGAAAGAAGACCCUGCUCUAAAAUCCAGAAAAACCCUUUAAGCUUGAAAUUUGCAGCUGCAAAUGCAAUGACAGGCCUUUAAACCUAAGAACACUGUCCCAACUGUCAAGCAUGGCGGUGGUAGCGUUACGCUCUGGGGCUGUUUCGCUGUUGUAAUCAUGCAAGAGAUAUCAACAACAGCUAGACAGUUUAAACUUGGACACAGUUGGGAUCCAAGAAGACAACGAUCCCAAACAUAAAACAAGCUAAUGUUGAGCUUCUGGAAUGGCCUUCCCAAAGCCCCGACCUCAUCCCUAUUGAAACUGUGUGGACUAUGUUUAAAAAUCAGGUCUGCAACAGCAAACCAACCAAUUUAUAUCAUCUCUGUCAGUUCUGCUACGUAGAGUAGACACAUAUCCACCCAGAAGUGUGACAGGUUGUUAAUGGCAACCAGAACGGGUAUAUAUAUUUGAACCUGCGUGGAUUAGAGAAAAUCCCAAAUUAAUUCAAACUCAUUAACCAAGUUCUUGUAUUUGUUUUAGUCAUUAAAGAUGUAUGCUGUGCAGCCAUUUCUCCCUGGUAAAAGAACACCUUGAAGAAAUCAUUAAAAGCCCCAAAUUACCACAACAUUAAUGCCCCUGAUGACCUCAGUGACAGCUAGCUGGAUAACCACCCCCAUGUUGGCAGUUACUAAUGUAAAUAUUAGCUUUACAGCUUUACUGGUGGAUACAACAGUACUGUUUUACUAAACACAAUUUAGUACCAUGAAUCAAGUAAUUUGGUAAGUCGGCCAACCAGUUUUAAAAUAUGUUUUCUGCUGCUCGUAAAAUAUAAAAAUAUGCAGGUAUGUCUUCAGUAUCCCUUUUUUGUUUGCUAGUGUUAACAAACAUGGCGAUAGAUGCCUCAUGACCUCACUCAGGUCUUCCCAUUUUAUCAUUGAAAAGAACUGAACUCCGCACAAACUAAAUUAAGAAAUAAAAAUUAAAACAAAGCAUAAAUGAAAGCUAAUGAGCGCCUCGAGUGAGACCUCAGCAACAUUUAAAGGAGGAUUUAUGUAAGAAAGCUGCAGGGAACGCCUCACUCAGCUCCUCGCGGUCAGCUCAUGCUUUAAUUACACCCUCGGGGAUGCAGUUUAAGCCGGCAUGUGCAAAUCUUCACACCAGGUCAGAGUGGCGCUUUUCCCUGCAGGGCCUCGUUGGCUGAACGCUGCCAUGCUGGAGUCAGUGGAAAGUGCCUGGCUGGUGGAAACCGCAGAGUCGCUAUAAACAGUGGCCACCAAAGCGUGCCAUGCAGCUACCACACCCCACAGCUUCCCUCCUCCUCCUACUGCUGCUG